AUGAUGCACCUCAUACAUCUACUAUCAUUGCUAUUCGCAACCACAGCGCCAUUGGCAGGGGCAGUUCCAGCACAAUCAUGGGGCCACACAGUAACGCAAGUAUAUGAUACCACCAACCGAGUACCUCUCCCCAACGAAGGCCAUCUACAAGUCCACGACCCCAACAUCAUCCUCUCCAAUGACCACUACUACCUCUUCAAAGGCGGGAUUAACAUCCCAAUCUUCAAAUCCACCAACAUGUCCGGGCCCUGGGAAAAGAUCGGCACUGUCCUAGACGGCGACAGCAUCAUUGACAAAGGCAAUCGGUCCCGCCCGUGGGCCCCAACGAUCAUUGAAAAAAACGGUACCUUCUACUGCUACUACACGCUGAGCCGGCCCGGAUCUCGCAACAGUGCAAUCGGUGUCGCAACAACAACGGCGCUGGGCAGCACGUGGACGGACCACGGCCUCCUCAUUAAUACGGGGAGCGGGCCUGGCUCCGAUGUGUAUCCUUACACUAUUACCAACGCCAUUGAUGCGUCGUUUAUCUUUGACCAGGGCUCCGGACAGGCGUAUCUGAAUUACGGCAGUUUCUGGCAUAAUAUCUGGCAGGUGCCGCUUUCUGAUGAUUUGCUUUCUGUGAAGGAUGCAGCGAAGCCGGAUGCUGUGCAGUUGACUUUUGUGCCGCAUGAGACGGUCCGUCCGGAGGAGGGGUCUUGGAUGAGUUAUCAUGAUGACUAUUACUAUGCUUGGUUUAGUCAUGGGAAAUGUUGCAAAUUUGAGAGCGGGUUCCCGAAGCGUGGUGCGGAGUAUAGUAUUCGUGUUGGGAGAUCGAAGGAUGUUCGUGGUCCUUUUGCGGAUAAAAAGGGUGAUUUGUUGCUUGAUGGUGGGGGGACGAUAGUUUAUGCGUCUAAUCAUGGGGCUGUUUAUGCUCCUGGUGGAAUCGGAGUUUUGCCUGGGAAUGAUUCAACGCCUGAUAUUCUUUAUUAUCAUUAUUUGAACACUUCGAUUGGGUUCCUGGAUACACAAGCUCAACUGGGCUGGAACUACCUGGAAUAUAAGGAUGGGUGGCCAGUACCCCUCGAAGGCGAAGAUGCUGCCGCUGCCAGCGCCGCUCCUACCAAUGCUCUUCCUAGAUGGAGCUCCCUGACAAUUGUCCUUGGUUUAUGGUUGUACAUCUGGUCAUAA